GAGUUGAGUUUAAGAUAUCUUGAAAGGAGUUAUUUCCUAGUUGCAAAAAAACAAGAACAAAAAGGGUAGAAUGAAGCUAAUAGUAGAAGUAAUAGAUGCUCAUGAUCUUAUGCCCAAAGAUGGUGAAGGAUCAGUCAGUCCAUUUGUAGAAGUUGAUUUUGAAAACCAACUUAGCAAAACCAGAACAGUCCCAAAGAAUCUCAACCCCAUUUGGAACCAUAAACUCCUCUUCAAUCUUGAUGAUAUAAGAAAUUACCAAUACAAAUACAUUGAAGUUUCAGUGUAUCAUGAGAGAAGGCCUAUACCAGGAAGAAACUUUCUUGGAAGGGUGAGAAUUCCUUGCUCAAAUAUAGUCAAGAAAGGAGAAGAAGUUUAUCAAAGAUUCCAACUUGAAAAGAAAUGGUUUUCUUCAUUUGUUAAAGGAGAAAUUGGCCUCAAAAUAUAUAUUUCAUCAGAAUCUGAUCCAAAUUCACAUCCUCAAAAAUCUUCUAGUCCUUCAAAUAUUCCUUCCACAGAAAAUCCAGAACAUUUAGAUAAUCCACCAGCUUCUCUUCUAGCCUCUGAAGUUGCUAGUCUUGAUACUCCUAAAGGUAGUAGUAGUAGUCCAAAACUAGAAAAUGAAAACACUGUCAUUUCUUCUAGCUUUGCUUCAGUAGAAAAACCUGGUCAUCUUACUCAAAGUGAGCAGGGAAAAGAAUCCUUUAAGCAUAUUGAGGAAAGAUCUCAGUUUAUUUUCAAGCAUCAAGCUAUGCAGCAGCCAGUCAUACAAAUAAGGAGGAGACCAGGCGUCCAACCGACAACGCAGCAUCAAGUAGACCAUCACCCCCGAGCUAUUCAUAACCACCCAAGUGUCCAACCAACAAUGCAGCAUCAAGUAGACCACCCGCCAGCUAUUCAUCGCCACCCAAGUGUCCACCCAACAAUGCAGCGUCAAGUAGACCACUCGCCAUCUAUUCGUAGCCACCCAAGUGUCCAACCGACAAUGCAGCAUCAAGUAGACCACCCUGACGAUGAGUAUGAGCUGAAGGACACGAAUCCUCAGCUCGGUGAGCAGUGGCCACGUGGCGGAGUAUAUGGAGGAGGAAGAGGAUGGAUGAAUAGUGAUAGAUAUGCAAGCACAUAUGACCUUGUGGAGCAGAUUUUUUAUCUAUAUGUUCGAGUUGUCAAGUCGAAAGAUCUUCAACAGAGUGUCCUCACGGGUAGUUGUGAUCCAUAUGUGGAAGUGAAGCUGGGAAAUUACAAAGGAAGGACAAAGCAUUUUGAGAAGAAAAUGAAUCCUGAGUGGAACCAGGUAUUUGCUUUCUCUAAAGAUCGAAUUCAGUCUUCAGUUGUUGAAGUUUUUGUGAAGGAUAAAGAUAUGAUGGGAAGAGAUGAUUAUCUUGGAAGGGUGGUUUUUGACUUGAAUGAGGUCCCAACAAGAGUUCCUCCUGAUAGUCCCCUGGCUCCUCAAUGGUACAGACUGGAGGAUCGCCGAGGAGAAGGGAAAGUAAGAGGGGAGAUAAUGCUUGCUAUUUGGAUGGGAACACAAGCAGAUGAAGCAUUUUCAGAUGCCUGGCAUGCAGAUGCUGCCUUUGUUCAUGGAGAGGGGGUUAUGAGCGUAAGGUCUAAAGUUUAUGUCUCUCCAAAACUUUGGUACCUGAGAGUAAAUGUUAUUGAAGCUCAGGACAUCAUCCCAAAUGACCAGAGCCGCCUCCCUGAAGUUUUUGUGAAAGCCCAGGUGGGAAAUCAGGUGCUCAAAACCGAUAUAUGCCCUGCUCGAACAGCAAAUCCAAUGUGGAAUGAAGAUUUGGUUUUUGUAGCCGCUGAGCCUUUUGAGGAGCAGCUAGUCCUCAGCAUUGAGAACCGUGUUCACCCUAUGAAAGAUGAGGUUCUUGGGAGGAUAAGUUUCCCACUCAACACAUUCGAGAAGAGGCUUGACCAUCGGCCUGUCCAUUCUCGCUGGUUCAACCUUGACAAGUUUGGUUUUGGUUCCUUGGAAGUUGACAGGAGGAAUGAACUCAAGUUUUCAAGCAGAGUUCACCUCAGAGUAUGCCUUGAAGGUGGAUAUCAUGUGCUGGAUGAAUCAACCAUGUACAUUAGCGAUCAAAGGCCAACAGCGCGACAGCUAUGGAAGCCACCUGUGGGAAUACUGGAAAUUGGAGUAUUAGGUGCAGAAGGGCUUCUUCCAAUGAAGAUGAAGGAUGGCAGAGGAAGCACAGAUGCCUAUUGUGUGGCUAAAUAUGGUCAGAAAUGGGUAAGGACAAGAACCAUUCUUGACACUUUCAGCCCCAAAUGGAAUGAGCAAUACACUUGGGAAGUUUAUGAUCCUUGCACAGUUAUCACAUUGGGAGUCUUUGAUAACUGCCACUUGGGAGUUGAGAAGCCAGGAACUGGAGCAACACGAGACUCGCGAAUUGGAAAGGUACGUAUAAGAUUAUCAACGUUGGAAUCUCACCGAAUAUACACUCAUUCGUAUCCCCUUCUUGUUCUGCACCCAUCAGGGGUUAAGAAAAUGGGGGAACUCCAAUUGGCAGUAAGAUUCACAAGCCUCUCUUUAGCCAACAUGAUACAUACUUAUGGCCACCCUUUGCUUCCCAAAAUGCAUUACCUUCAUCCUUUCACUGUCAACCAAGUAGAUAACUUGAGAUACCAAGCCAUGAACAUUGUUGCUAUUAGGCUUGCUAGAGCUGAACCACCACUUAGGAAAGAAGUUGUAGAGUACAUGUUAGAUGUGGAUUCUCACAUGUGGAGUAUGAGAAGAAGCAAAGCUAAUUUCUUCAGGAUCAGGUCACUCCUUUCGGGCAUAAUGUCCAUUAAUCGAUGGUUCGGUGAUGUUUGUCACUGGAAAAAUCCAGUCACCUCAGUCUUGGUUCACAUCCUCUUCCUUAUACUGAUCUGGUAUCCAGAGUUGAUUCUUCCAACUCUGUUUCUCUACAUGUUCCUCAUUGGACUAUGGAACUAUCGUUUCCGGCCAAGGCACCCUCCUCACAUGGACACUAAGCUUUCAUGGGCAGAAACAGUGCACCCUGAUGAACUUGAUGAAGAAUUCGACACGUUUCCAACAUCUAGGCCCCCGGACGUUGCUCGAAUGAGGUAUGAUAGGCUGAGAAGCGUGGCCGGAAGGGUUCAGACCGUGGUCGGGGACAUAGCAACACAAGGAGAGAGGCUGCAGGGGGUGCUAAGCUGGAGAGAUCCUAGAGCAACCAGUUUGUUUAUCAUGUUCAGUCUUUUUGCAGCAGUUUUGCUUUAUGUGACUCCCUUUAGAGUGGUGGCUUUAGUUGCUGGAUUAUAUAUGCUAAGACAUCCCAGGUUCAGAAGCAAGAUGCCCUCUGUUCCCGGCAACUUCUUCAAGAGAUUACCAGCUAGAACAGAUAGCAUGCUAUAAGCUCAAAAUUCCAGCUUUUCAUUUCUUUCUUUUCUUUUCUUUUUCCGUCUGUAUUUCCCAAAUAAUAAUUUCAUGUUUACUCUUUUUUAUAA